UAACCCGCUCAGCCACCGCGACCUCCACAAAUAUGUCGGACAACUGGUAGUCUAGACUGCGGACUUUUUGUACCCCUCGAUAUUAUCAGUGAUAAGAAAGAAAUGGACCCAGUUUAGCUGAUAAGGGCAUGAUAGACCCUUUUUCUCUAUUUUCACUUUUGCUUCGGGGAAACUAAUGCUAAUUCCAGGAAGUAGCUACCCAAGGUUAAAGCCAGUUUGGUGGGUCAGUCUUAGUGGAUUGUCAUGAGCGUUUCACAACAGUUCGACAGGAAAAAGCAUGACCUCUGAAAUCUACGAAUGCAGUAGGUGCUUCGCGAAUGGUAAACGGGACACGUUAAUAGAGCAUUUCAUCCGAACCCACCUGAGCCAUGAGGAGGCUCCGUGGACGUGUUCCCUGUGCGAUUUCAAGGCUGUGUCGCUUGUCCAGCUCCACUGUCAUACAAAUCGUUUUCGUCAUCAAGAGGCAUUAAAGCGAAACCCUGUAGGAAUAAUUGAGUACAAAAAAUCCCAAAGCCCGUAUGAAGUACAAAUUGGACGAGAUAUUUUCCUUUAUCGUGAGGAUGAACCUGUCUACAAGCAGAGCGGGAACAAGGUUAUCGAAUACAAUUACGAAUCUGUCGGUAUCGUUGUCGGUUCUUGUAUGGGCCUUGGUAAUACACAUGGGCAGACAGAAUCAGACAAAGACAAGGAAGGAGAAAGAAACACAAGAGAGAGAACUAAAUCUAAAGAAGGAGGAGGAAGCACAAGUAAAAGAAGAAAGACAGUGGACAAAAGAGAAGGAAACGACGGAGAAAGAAAAAGGAAAUCGGAAGUCAGAGAAGGAAACGUCGGAGAAAGAAAAAGGAAAUCGGAAGUCAGAGAAGGAAAGGGCGGAGAAAGAAAAAAGAAAUCAGAGAGCAGAGAAGAAAACGGUGGAGAAAGAAAAAGGAAAAUGGAGGACAGAGAAGGAAACACGAUCGAAAGAAGAUAUAUAUCGGGGAGAGGAGAACAGAACGGCACAAAAUGGAGACAACAGCGCAGAACAUCAGAACCAGACAAACUUAAUAAAAAGCCUAAACUGACGUCAUCACGGGGCCAGCACUCAUACACUUUGACCAAACUAGACCUACCAGUCAGUGACGCGCAUCAAAAUUUGCGUCGGGAAAAUGGACACGUUGUAACCAACGAUUCUGGCGCAAAAGAGAAAACAAAAACGAAGAACAAUCUCGAAGAGGAUCAUGGGAUCGGAAUUACCAAGAUCCACAACGAGGCUCAGAAGGCGACGACAUUUUUUACAGAAAGAACAGAAGAACCAGCAAUGUCAUUUAGCAGCGAACAAGGAUAUAACCUCGCAAGUGAACCUGAAGAAUCAGCAGAGGUCGAGGUCGAACCUGACAUUGACACUGAGGGUCAGACAUCACUAAGUGGUAUUGAAGGGGAACCGGAAGUCAGGGCUCCGUGGGAAGAGGGGGGUCUGGUCGAGAAGAUAACUGAGCUUACCCAGAGUCUCGAACCACUAAAGAACAUCUCAAAGGCCCUCAUCGCUCUGGACCACCACUUGAGAUGCCUUUUGCCUCUAGUAAACCAGAGUGUUACUGGAACCCCUUCUUCAACAGGAGGCUUAGGUGUGGUAAGAAAAUGACUGUGAACUCGGGAAGAAAUUCCUACGUUUGCUUAUUGGUAAAUGUUGAUGAUAUAGCCCUCAGCAAGCAAAAGAAAUGGUAAAAUGACAUAUUUAGAAUAUUCUUUUACAUUAGCAUCUUGAAAUACUUUAAAAUGUGCUUCAAGCUUCCCUUUAAUGUUUGGUCUGUUCUCUCAUACGAUCCGUGUAAACUACUAAUAUCUGUCAUCUGUUGACAUGCCUGAAAAAAACCUUAACAGCUGCCAGCUUUUCAAAGUAUAUAUAUACACACAAUGUAUAGUCUUAACUGUAUGUGUAAUUAACAUGCAGUUACAUAUUCUUAUCACUUAAUACAGUGAUAUUUUCCAUGA